GUGGGAUUCUAUUCAUCUCAUCUCCUUGGGACCUGAGCAUUCAUUCAUUUCACAUUCAUAGUAGACCCUAUUCUCCACUCACUCUCCUCCAUUGGCCUCCCCAGAAUACAAUUCCAUUUUCUUCCAUUCUCUUUUCUUUCUCGGUUGCUUUAUGGGUCCUUUUCACGAUUCCGGCCGUUUUGUCAUUCUAAUUACACUAAAUUAUUAUUAUUAUUAUUAUGUGGAUGGUGAUGAUUGUCAUCAUCCCAACCCCUUUUAUCCCCAUUUAUACUUCCUGAUAAUUUGUAAUUGCAAUUGCAAGCUUCAUUAUCCAUGCCUAAGCCAGGUGAUAGAGAAUGUGCCAUACUGCCAUGUACAAGACAUUCUCUUUCUGGAAGUUUUCCUUGCAUCAAUCAGUUCACCUGCUUAUGCUCAUGGUUUUCUCCACGAGUUGUUAUUCCUUCACUAAGCCUAAAGUCGAAGGUGAAGCUCUGAUAGAACUUCUUAAAGCUCUAAAUGAUUCCAAUGGUAAAGUCAUUGAUUGGAAUAACGAUUUUGUGAGCCCUUGCUUCAGCUGGUCACAUGUCACAUGCAAAAAUGGAAAUGUUAUAUCCCUGAGCCUAUCUGCAAAUGGAUUUUCAGGAACACUUUCACCAUCAAUAACCAAAUUGAAAUUUUUGGUUAGCCUGGAUUUGCACGACAAUAAUCUAUCAGGUGUGUUGCCUGAUUAUCUUGGUGGUAUGUUGAAUCUACAAAACCUGAAUCUGGCAAACAAUAAAUUCAAUGGCUCUAUUCCACAAGCUUGGGAUAGCCUUUCAAGUCUUAAGAAUCUGGAUCUCUCUUCCAAUGAUCUGGUUGGAGGUGUUCCGCUGAAGCUGUUUUCAGUACCAAUAUACAAUUUUUCGAAUACCCAACUUAGAUGUGGCAAGGGUUCCCAUCAACCUUGUGCCUCAAGCUCCUCUGUCCCAGCAGUUACCCCUGGAAAAUCAAAGCUUGCGAUUGUUAUUAUCGGUGCAAGCUGUGGUGCUUUCAUUCUGCUGCUACUUGGGGCUAUAUUCAUAUGUCGAUCCAAUCUCUUUUGUAGGGUCGAAAGAGACAUUUUUGUUGAUGUGCAAGGUGAAGAUGAACGCAAAUUCUCCUAUGGUCAGAUAAGAAGAUUUUCCUGGCGUGAAAUACAAAUUGCAACUGAAGAUUUCAAAGAGAGCAACAUCAUAGGGAAAGGGGGCUUUGGUAAAGUCUAUAAAGGUCUUCUCUCAGACAAGACAAAAGUUGCUGUCAAACGACUCGAGAAUUACCACAGUCCCGGGGGAGAGGCGGCAUUUUUAAGAGAAAUCCAGUUGAUAAGUGUUGCAGUUCAUCGAAAUCUCCUACGCUUAAUCGGUUUCUGCACAACCCCAUCUGAGAGAGUUCUUGUUUAUCCUUUCAUGCAGAAUCUGUCUGUUGCUUAUCGUUUAAGAGAACUGAGACCAGGAGAGGAAGGCCUGGAGUGGCCAGCAAGAAAACACAUAGCUUUUGGAGCAGCGCGUGGACUAGAGUACCUACACGAACAUUGCAUCCCAAAGAUCAUACAUAGAGAUCUAAAGGCAGCAAAUAUCCUCCUAGAUGAUAAUUUUGAGCCUGUACUCGGAGAUUUUGGGUUAGCAAAACUUGUUGAUACAAAAUUGACACAUGUGACUACUCAAGUCCGCGGAACAAUGGGACACAUUGCCCCGGAGUACUUGACUACCGGAAAAUCAUCAGAGAAAACAGAUGUUUUUGGAUAUGGCAUCACACUUCUAGAGCUUGUAACAGGAAAACGUGCUAUUGAUUUUUCUCGCCUGGAAGACGAGGAAGACGUUCUACUAUUGGAUCAUGUCAAAAACUUAUUGAGAGAGAAAAGGCUAAAUGACAUUAUGGACCCAAACCUGAAAAACUAUGAUGUAAAAGAAGUAGAGAUCAUCCUUCAAGUUGCUAUGCUAUGCACCCAAACAUCGCCUGAAGAUCGUCCGAGAAUGACUGAAGUCAUAAGCAUGCUUCAGGGUGUGGGGCUGACUACGAGAUGGGCAGAGUGGGAGCAGCUCGACGAAGUAAGGAAUCAUGAGUUUACCAAUGUUGGCCACAAAUUUUUGUGGGGUGAAGAUUCUACAUAUGAUCAAGAAGCUGUACAGUUGUCUGAACCCAGUUGAGUCCUCUCGCCUAUUCACUUAUGCAUCCUUCAUUCUGUCCUAUGGCAAACUGAUACCUCAAACUCCUGACAUGGAAAUCCGUAGUCUUCUUCAUGGAGAUAAGCCCUUGAAUUUUUGCACGUGCCCACUUCAUGAGCAAUCUCAUUCAUGUUUUCAUCAAGAUACAAACACACUUGAAAGUUUUCUUGGCCAUGGCUGGACUGGAAGAUUUAAAAAGGAAGCUUGCACCAUUGUUUGAUUCUGAAAAAGGGUUCCCAUCUUCCUCAACAUUGGACCCAUCAGACUCGUACGUGCUUUCUGAUGGCGGUACGGUGAAUUUGUUGAGUCGAUCGUAUGGUGUGUACAACUUUAACGAGCUCGGACUGCAAAAGUGUCAUUCAUGGCCGGUUGAAGAUCCUGAUCUCGGUGAAAAGACAUAUAGGUGUGCUUCACAUGAGAUGAGGGUUUUUGGAGCCAUAGGAAGUGGUGCAAGCAGUGUUGUGCAGAGAGCUAUUCAUAUCCCCACUCACAGAGUUAUUGCCUUGAAGAAGAUUAAUAUCUUUGAGAAGGAGAAAAGGCAACAACUUCUUACUGAAAUAAGCACUUUGUGUGAAGCACCUUGUUGUCAAGGCCUUGUUGAAUUCUAUGGAGCAUUUUAUACUCCAGACUCCGGGCAAAUAAACAUAGCUUUAGAAUACAUGGAUGGUGGGUCCUUAGCUGAUGUCAUAAGAAUGCGUAAACGCAUACCAGAGACAAUACUUUCUUCCAUGGUUCAGAAGCUUUUACAUGGACUUCAUUAUUUGCAUGGAGUUCGCCAUUUGGUUCACAGAGAUAUAAAGCCAGCAAAUUUGCUUGUCAAUCUCAAGGGGGAGCCAAAGAUAACUGACUUUGGUGUAAGUGCUGGAUUAGAGAACUCCAUGGCAAUGUGUGCCACCUUUGUUGGGACAGUGACGUACAUGUCACCUGAAAGAAUUCGAAAUGAAAAUUAUUCUUAUCCAGCUGACAUAUGGAGCCUUGGAAUUGCACUUUUUGAAUGUGGCACCGGUGAAUUCCCAUAUAAGGCUAAUGAAGGACCUGUCAAUCUCAUGUUGCAGAUCCUCGAUGAUCCUUCUCCAUCACUAUCGAGCCAUGAAUUUUCACCUGAAUUUUGCUCAUUUGUUGAUUCUUGCCUCCAAAAAAAUCCAGAUGCCAGGCCGACUGCAGAGGAGCUUCUUUCACACCCAUUCAUUACCAAGUAUGUGGAUACUAUGGGAGUCGACUUAGGUGCAUUUGUCCGAAGUAUUUUUGAUCCAACAGAGAAGAUGAAGGAUCUUGCAGAUAUGUUCACAAUACACUACUAUUUAUUGUUUGACGGGUCUGACGAUCUUUGGCUACAUACUAGGAUGCUUUAUACAGAAUUCUCUAUCUUCAGUUUUUGUGGGAAAGAAUCUGUCGGGCCAAAUGAUAUAUUUACAACAUUAUCAAAUAUUCGAAGUACGCUAGCUGGGGAAUGGCCACCAGAAAAGCUUGUGCAUGUUGUAGAGAAACUACAGUGUCGGGCCCACGGUCAAGAUGCAGUUGCAAUUCGUGUUUCAGGAUCGUUUAUUGUUGGGAAUCAAUUUCUUAUAUGUGGGGAUGGUCUGCAAGUUGAGGGCGUGCCAAAUUUCAAAGAUCUGUCUUUGGAUUUACCUAGCAAGAGAAUGGGAACAUUUCAGGAGCAGUUCAUGAUAGAGCAGGGAAGUGCUAUUGGUCGCUACUUCAUAACCAAACAAGAGCUCCAUAUUGCUCAGUAGUUUAGUGUCGAUCUAUAAGUCAUAUAAUGUUGUUUAACGGGGGGUUUUGCUACAGCAAUAUGCUGUUCCAGCAUGUCAAAGUGUCGAUUUUCUUGAAGCGAUUCUGGGUUGUAAAUAUAAUUCACUGGUUAUGCUGUGGAAACUCUUUUAGACCACAAUGUAUAGCUGAUGACGAAUCGCUGUGUAUAUAAUUCACUGGUUAUGCUGUUUAACACUCUUACAUGUAUUCAUAAUUAAUCAUACUAUCCUCCGUCUCUAAAUAGAUGCAACACUUUCCUUUUUUGGCA